AUGAUUGCGGCAUCCGUCACUCCAUCGUGCGCUCUCUUGCAUCGCGUCGAUGUCUCUGCUUCCGGACGCCGAGCGUCAUCCACUUUUAAACAACGAAAACAGAGUCCUCGAGAAAACCAUCAUCGUCGCGGGGUUGUCAAGGUGGCUGCGGCGGAAAACUUGGACGCGCUUUCCGAGCUCGUCGCCAUUUCCCCGAUCGACGGUCGAUACGGUUCGAAAACGAAAUCUUUGCGCUCUGCUUUUUCCGAGUACGCGUUGAUUAAAGCACGCGUGACGGUGGAAAUCCGAUGGUUACAAACCCUCUCGGAAAUCCCCGAGGUGUUUGAGGUGGAAAAAUUUUCCAACGAAGCCAAUCAGUUUUUAGAGAACUAUUUGAAGAAUUUUUCGCCGAGCGAAGCGAUGAAGGUGAAAGAAGUCGAACGCACGACGAAUCACGACGUGAAAGCGGUCGAAUACGUGAUCAAGGACGCAUUGAAAGAGAACGCGGAGUUGAAAAAGGCGCUAGAGUUUGUCCAUUUCGCGUGCACAUCUGAGGAUAUUAACAACUUGUCGCACGCUAUUAUGUUGAGAGACGGCGUGGAAGUUUUGUUGCCAGAAAUGGAUAAAAUUGUGGAUACUUUGUCUACGAUGGCGGUAGAGAAUGCUGAUGUACCGAUGAUGUCGAGAACGCACGGUCAACCGGCAUCGCCGACGACUUUAGGGAAGGAGCUGGCGAACGUGGCGUACAGAUUGGCGAGACAACGCGCUCAGAUUCCCAAGGUGCCAUUGUACGGCAAGAUGGCGGGUGCAGUCGGGAACUACAACGCGCACAUGUCCGCGUAUCCAAACGUAGAUUGGCAAGCCGUCGCAGAAAAGUUUGUGACUGGUUUGGGUUUAACGUUUAACCCCUACGUGACGCAAAUCGAGCCUCACGAUUAUAUGGCGGAAUUGUUCGGCUCGAUUGAGCGAUACAACACGAUUAUUUUGGAUUUGGAUAGAGAUAUAUGGAGCUACAUUAGCAUUGGUUAUUUUAAACAGAGAACUAUCGCUGGUGAAGUUGGAUCAUCCACUAUGCCUCACAAGGUGAAUCCGAUCGAUUUUGAAAACUCGGAAGGGAACGUGGGGAUUGCCAACGCAUUGUUUGCGCACUUAUCGGCAAAAUUACCAGUAUCCAGGUGGCAAAGAGAUUUGACAGAUUCUACCGUGUUGCGUAACUUGGGCGUUGGAUUUGGCCACUCCUUGUUGGCAUAUCAAAGUACGUCGAGAGGUUUAGGGAAGUUGGAUGUCAACGCGGCGGCGAUGGCGGCGGAUUUGGACGUCAACUGGGAAGUCCUCGCGGAACCGAUCCAAACUGUUAUGCGAAGGCACGACGUGGAGAAACCAGUGAACCAAGAAGGUAUGCGGGAGUUUGUGAAGUCGUUGGAUAUCCCGCAAGAUGCGAUUGAUAGUUUGGCGGCAAUGACGCCGGCGACGUAUGUCGGUAACGCUUCCGCGCAAGCUAAAAGAAUCGUGGAGAUGAUAAAAAAAAUCGAGUAA